AUGCAGCUCCCUCGGUCACCAUUAAUAUUCUCGGCCCUGGCCGCAGUGGUCUCGCUGCCGUCCGCCGCCAACGCCGCCGCCACACCUAUCGCUGCGCCCACUGACACGACCUCGCCUGCCAAGACAACAAGCACCAUUCCCUGCACUGCUUCCUCGACCAGUGGUGCUUUCUACGACCUGCGCCAUGACAUUGCGCUGCCGCCCGCCGAGAGCGGAAAGAAGCCCAAGGCCGGCGUGCUGACGACGGAUUAUGUCGCCCGCGGCCACGACUACGGUGCCAACUUUACGCUCAACAUAUGUGCCGCCGUCGUGAAGCCUGUCAAGGACGUCAAGGGCGUCGACCGCGACCUGUGGGCCAACGUGAGCGCCUACUACAAACUGGAUGGCGACACGUUCUCGUUGGGCCAAGAAUCGUCCGUGCUCGUGUCCCGCGGCCGCGAGCUUGUCCUGCAGUACACCGGCGGCUCACCGUGUCCAGACCUCAGCAACAAGUCCGGCAGCAGCCGUUCGAACAAGUACAACGACAAAGUGAAGCGCGAGAUUGACAGUGAGCCCAUGUUCUCGACACAGUCAUCGCCGUCCUCUACGCUGUCGACGACCCGCCGGAAGUCCGCCACGUUCGCCUUCCUCUGUGAUCGCGACCCCGUCGAUACGACUGCCCAUGUCUCGUUUGUUGGCACGCCCGACCAGUGCGCCUACUUCUUCAAGAUCCGCUCCCCCCACGCCUGCGCCGGCGUCGAGCCCCACAAGCCGGGCAGUGUCGGCCCCGGUGGCGUCUUCGCCAUCAUCCUGGGCGUCGCCCUGCUCGUCUACUUUAUCGGCGGUGUCGCCUACAACCGCACCGUCGCCCACGCGCGUGGCUGGCGGCAGCUGCCGAACCACACCAUCUGGCUGGGCAUCUGGAGUUUUGUCAGGGUGCGUAUCCUCUGCGGACGCCGUUUUGGCAGUGGCGGCGGUAGAGGCGCUUUCGGGACGGGCAGCAGUGACGACGACGACGAGCAAGACCGCAUGCUGCCUGGCUCCGGUGGUGACGACCUGUUCUGGGGUUCUGCCGCCGCCAAGCUGGCCCAACCCCAACAACACGGACGCUACGACUAA